UCCUUGUUUCCGAAGACGAAAAUCCUCUUCCGCUAAUCCUCGUCGUCGGCGCCUCCACCUCCUGCCACGGCUGACGCCUGCUGCCGGAUGCCUGGUCUGCCGCUAAUCCUCGUCGCCGGACGUCUGCUGCAAUCGAUAGUCAUCCUCCACCUCCUGCGUCGCCUGACGCUGUUGCCGGCUGCCCUGCUCCGCCGCUAAUCCUCGUCGCUGGACGCUUGCUGUAGUCGAACUCUAAGAAUGUCUUGGAUGGUUAUAAUGGAACAGUCAUGGCAUACGGGCAAACUGGGACAGGGAAAACUUGCACUCUGGGACGGUUGGGAGAAGAAGGUACUGCUGACCGUGGGAUAAUGGAUUGGUGGUGGAUAUCCCCUGACUCAUGCCUCACCAAGUUGGUCUUCUUGGCAAACUCCAUUCUUCACUGUUUAGAGAAUGCCGACGAUCAAUGACCACCAGCAAGAGAGUGCAAGACCGGAGCAAGAAGAAGCGAGUGCAUGACCUUGAAAUUGUUGUAGAGAAGCACAAAAUCCUCUCCAAAAUCCUCUUCAUACUUGAAACUCUGAAGCAAGAGUCCGAGCAAAUCAUCCCUGUACGUUCCCUUGAUCAGUACCGGAGGCAAAUUAACCUCCCAAAACCUCACAAGUUCUCAGUUUUCCUUCGGAAAUGUCCCAAGCUUUUUGAGCUUUAUAAGGACCAGAGGGGAAUUUUAUGGUGCGGAAUGACUAAAGAAGCUGAAAAUCUGCUGCAAGAAGAGGAAGAACUCAUAGAAAAGAAUAGUGAUAAGGCUGCAGAGUUUGUGACUCGGAUGCUAAUGAUGUCAAUUGGUAAGCGUAUUAGUCUGGAUAAGAUUGUGCAUUUCAGGAGGGAUAUAGGGUUGCCACUGGAUUUUAGGAGCCAUUGGGUGCACAAAUAUCCUGAUUAUUUUCGAGUUGUGAGGCCUUUUGUGCCUUAUGAUGAGGGUGAGUAUUUGGAACUUGUGAAUUGGAAGUCUAGUUGGGCAAUUACUGAGUUGGAAAAGAAGGUGAUGGGCGUUAGCAAGGCCCCCGAAGAUUAUGUUCCAGGUUUUCUUUCUCUGUCUUUCCCAAUGAAGUUCCCACCAAACUAUAAGAAGCUGUCCAAGUACAGAGGUCAGAUUGAGAACUUCCAGAACAGGGAGUAUUUGUCCCCUUAUGCAGAUGCUAGUGGAUUAAAGGCUGGGUCACAGGAGUUUGAUAAGAGGGCAGUGGCUGUGAUCCAUGAAUUGCUUAGUUUUGAUAAGAGGGCAGUGGCUGUGAUCCAUGAAUUGCUUAGUUUAAUGAUUGAGAAGAGGCUUGUGACAGAUCAUUUGACACAUUUUAGGAGGGAGUUUGUAAUGCCUCAGAAGCUUAUGAGACUAUUGCUCAAGCAUUUUGGCAUCUUUUAUGUUUCAGAGAGAGGGAGGAGAUUUACUGUGUUCCUGAACGAGCCUUAUGAAGGUUCAGAGUUGGUUGAGAAACAUCCUCUGGUUGUUUGGAAAGAAAAGGUUCUUAGCCUUGUUGGCUACAGAAAGAAGAAAGAUAAAGAAGAAACCUUGGAGGAUUUACAAGAAAGAGACACAGACUUAUUUGAGAUUGAUUCGGAAGAUUAUAGUGUUCAGUUAGCACAUGAGAAUGAGGAGGAGGAGAUGAGUGGUUUGGAGAGUGAUUCAAUUGAAAGUGACUCUGAAAUGGAGAUUGAAGAGAUUUACAAUGCAUAUAAAGUAUCUGAAUGAAGCCGUUCUAGCUUAACUGGCCUAGGUAUAGGCAUUUUUGCAGGGAUUCUUUAUUGCGGUCUGCUAUGUCUACAGUUGGCAAUCUACCUGCAGUCUUCUAAUGCUUUAAAAUUCUUAGGCCAGUAAUCGGUAAUGAAUUCUACUAUCAAAUUGUUCAUGGCACUUGUGGUUUUCUGGGGUUGGAUGCUUCUGCAGGUGAUGGAUCAUGAAAGUUACCAGAAAUUCAACACAUUAUGCAGUCAACUGGAUUAUGAUUUCGAAACUAUAAGUUAUCAUCCAUCGCUCAGAAAGUGCAUGUAGAUGUCAACAGCCUCGGUAACACAUCAAGGUUUAGGUAAUUGAGUGAUCAUUUGUUCCUUCGUUCUUGUUUGCACUAACAUAUUAUGAUACCCAGUGAAAAUUUUGACGUUUUGGACAAUGAAAUGCUGGUAGUUAUAUAGCUAAAAGAUUACCAGCUCCGACUUGUGAGUGUAUUUUUUAGAGUUGAAAGGGUACUGCCCAGAAAAAUGUAUUAACCAAUAAUUUUUAUGUUCAUGUAAUUUCUUAGUAGUAUUUACAAGGUUGAUUUUAUUUUCAAACUUGAAAGAAAUGGAUUUAGGCAUAAGAGAAUUA